UUAUCUAUUAAUUCAAGCAUUUUGCUUCAUUAAAAAGUAUAUUCGUAGUGAAAUCGUCACCUGCUCGUUAGAUUCUUUCUGUAUAGUUUUAAUACAGAUAUCUUCGCCAUGCCUUGCACUUUAAGACAGCGGGGCCUGGCCUAUCGGCCACGUCGUAACAAGGACAAGGAUGUCCUGGCCCCCAAGCCAGUGCAUCCGCGUGCCUUGCGCUUCCAUGGAUUUUUCGGCAUGUCGUAUGUCCGCCAGCACGUGAUGGUCGAUGAACGCUGGACACCUAAUUCGCUGACAGAGCAGUUCAAGGGAAUGACCGACUUGUUGACACGUCGCUUGGUGUUCAAGAAUCAUGAAUCGAAGGCCAAUCGUUUGCGUUAUUUCCGCGAAAAUAAACGCCUUAAGAUGCAAUGUCGCGAUGGACGCACAAAGCUGCAGAAUAUUCUGACCAAUGACAAUACCCACAAGAUACGGAAUUUUCUGAUCAACCACAAGGACAUGCAACGGUUGUACCAGAAGAUGCCCAUUCAUCUGGUGGUGGACAACAUCAAUCAGCGGACCUUUGUGAUGCGCAAGGAGCGAGAUCGGCUGGAGUUUCGUUUGGAUCAACUAAAGAAGCAUUACAGGGACCUACUGCUACAACGAGCUGUGUUAGAAAAUCGCAUCAAAUAUCAAAAUGAAUUUGUAUUGGACGAAGAGCUCAAGUCGCGGGUUUUCCUCAAAAAAAUCGAGAACUCUAAUGUGCGUCUCAAGGCCAUAAAGACCAUCAAUAAUACAUAUAAGAAAAUGAUACAAGUUCUGGUACAUGAUGAGAUCUUUUAUGAGCCUAUUCUACGCUCCCUGAGCGGUGAUAUGGAAGAUCAAUCCAAUUUUAUCAAGCAUAUACUGUAUCUUGGAAUGCCGGCCAUAUCAAAGUUUAAGGAGCUCAACGAUGAGUAUCGACAUAUGGAGAACAAGUCACGCAAGAAUCUCCAAAUGAAGCUGCAAAUGUUGGCCUCGCUGAAGAAGCCGCCAGUGGCGGGAUCUGUGGUACACACGAAGAACAAGGAGGAGGCACCGCCCACCGCGAAUCUGAAACGUUAUGUGCGAGAGACACAGAGCAUGCUGGUACUCAAAUUGGAGCUCAAAUCGAUUGAGAAGAUCAUCAAAGAGGUGAAGUUUGUGACAUUGUGCUCGCAGGCCAAAGAGAUAUAUCCAAGAAUGAAGAGCCAAGUGGACAACAAUGACAAGUUGCAUCGCAUGAUUGUCAACGAUAUGCUGGCCCAUGAAAUGCUGGAAACCAAAAUGAAAUGUGCCAGCGUUCUUAAGGGAGUGUUGGUCAAUAAUCUUUCAGAGGAAGAAAUCAACCGCCUGGAGCGCAUCAAGGACUUGAAGAAAAUGCUCCGCAAAGAAGAGGAAUUCGAGCAGGAUACUCUGCAGCAUCUCAAGAAUCGUGCAGAUGCCUAUGUGUUGUUAAGAUGGACAAUUUGGAAUCUUGUGGAAAUACUGCGUCACGUGGAUCGUCAGCCCAAAUUGCUUCGUGCACAGUAUCCCAAUUCCUACUUGAAGUUGCCGCUGCUUAAAUUUGAAAUGCUGAACAUGAGGGCCGCGGCACCAGAACUCUACGAGGAGAACAUUGACAACAUCAUGCACAUGGUGAAGCGUAAGAUCUAUAAAUUGAUGAAGGGCUAUACUGUGGAGCUUCGCCGAGCCACCAUCAAGCGUAAUGUUGACGAAUAUCAUGCCGAUUACCUCGCCAGCCUCGACAUGCUCGAGCCGAUUGAUAAUGACGAGCAGCAACAGGCAGCGCCCGAGGAGGAUCUCCUCCAGGAGAACAAAACAAUGGCCAAUGUGCCCAAUCGCAAGCAGAUAAAGGCCCAGAGUGCCAAGCUUGUGGAGGAAUUAUCCAAGCGAGAUGAAUAGAACUUGUUUUGAUUUUUA